AUGUUCCUCUCCCGCAUUGCCGUUCUGGCAGCUUUGGCUAGCUACGCCACCGCUCAAACAUCGACUGACUGUGACCCAACGAAGAAGACAUGUCCUGCGGAUCCCGCCUUGGGCACCGAACACACAUGGGACUUCAACACAACCUUGGACGAAAAGGUCUGGUCUAUGACGACCGGAACAUACGUGUACGGUGACGACGGAGCCAAUUUCACUCUCUCCAAGGAAGGAGAGUCCACGCUCCUACAGUCGACCUUCUAUAUAUUCUUCGGUGUCGUCGAAUCUCACGUCAAGAUGGCCAAGGGCGGAGGUCUAGUCAGCAGUGUAGUCUUGGAGUCCGACGAUCUAGAUGAGAUUGAUUGGGAAUGGGUGGGAUACAACACUAGCGAAGUGCAGUCCAACUUCUUUGGCAAGGGUAACGAUAGCACCUUCGAUCGUGGCGGAUUUCACUAUGUGCCGAACGCGGACACAGAGUUCCAUAACUACACCACAUACUGGGCGAAGGAUAAACUGCAAUGGUGGAUUGAUGGCGAGAUGGUUCGCGAACUCGAAUACUCCGAGAAGUCCACCCUGUACGGCAAAAACUACCCACAGACACCCUGCCGUGUCCAAUUCAGUCUCUGGCCUGCUGGUCAGAAAAGCGCAGCGCAGGGUACUAUCGAGUGGGCUGGUGGCCUUGUCGACUGGGAUUCCGCGCCUUUCACUAUGACCCUUGGCAAGUUGCGUGUGAAGGAUUUCCACACUGGCAAGGAGUACACCUACGGGGACCAGACAGGUUCAUGGGAGAGCAUCAAAGUGGUGGACGGAAACUCCACCGUACUGACCGAACUGAACAAGCCCGAGGCCAAGUCUCUAUCAGAAAAAUGGGAUGAUCUCGGCGAGGGAGCUCACAUUGGAGUCUACGUUGGCGCCGCCGCCGCCGGUGCCAUUGGUAUCGCAGCGCUGCUGUUCUUAUGCCUGCGCCAGCGCCGCAAGGGCCGUCUCGAGAACGCAUUAGGCAACAACCCGGUUCCUCUUAACCGCGAUGAGAUGCAGAACUUCCAGAAAGACUGGAGGCAGAGCGAGUGGAAGUUGAACGGUGGUUAUCAGCAGGUCCACAACUAG